AUGGCUAUGGGCCGGCGCCUUGACCACGACCUGCCCCCUGCAUACCUGAAGCCCUCCCAGAGCCAAAUGCCACCUGAGGGCCUCGUUCCGCCCUGCGCGGGACACGGGGCCGCGCCGGACCCACGGCCUCCCCCGCCCUCCGGCCCCCGCACGGACCUGCGCAGCCCUGGAACCCCGGGCCCCGCAGCGCCCCCUCCCCGCGGCGGCGGAGCUUGCACAGAGCGGCCUCCGCGCGGCGGCGCCAAGUGGGACUGCGGACGGGAGGGCGUGCGAGGAAAGCGGGGGUGCGGGAGCGCCGUUGGGCGGGCGAGCCCGACGCCGGGCACCGGGGCCUCCUGCUCCGGCCGGGAACUUGGCCGGGACUGCUUUCAGGCCUGGCGUGCUCCGGGUGCACUGGCGCAUUACUGUUACUUAUUCCAACCAUCCGACCCGACCCUCCCAUCUCUGCGACUCCAGAGACACAGUCCUGUGGUUUGGCAUGUCGUCACAUGGUUCAGGAGCUGCAAGGUGAGGGACACUAAGGCAGACCUCCAGGACCAACAGAAGUGCUGCCUGCAGAAGGCUGUGGGACAGGUGGCAGCCAAGGAAGGGCUGAGUGCCUCCAGGACAGCCCCGCAGCCUCCAGCCUCCGGACUCCUGCUGGCCCGCUGCAGUGCAGGGUCAGGAAGCCGGCACAGCUCAGCACUGCACCCCUGCACAUCCCUGACCUCGCCUGCCCGGAGCCAGGGAUACAUCUCAGGGAGCAGAGCCGACAAGCUCAGAACGACACACCAGGGGAGGUGGGAGGAGCCGGGGCGAGAGCCUCUACCCUACUCACAGGAAGAGUGAAGGUGCGUGAGGGUGCGGGCCCCUGGCGCUCCCUGUGUGAUGGAGGAACCCGCCCUCCCCGUGCACCCCCCACCCCAGCCGGGGCUUCUCCUGGGGGGGGCGGGUAGCGCACCUGGGUCCAGGUAGGCGUGUGAGCGGGUACGAGCACUUCUUGACUACCUACAAAGCCGCCCAGGGGAGGGGUUUGCCCAGGGCGUUUUGCAGAAGGCCUAACUGGGGUUAGUACUGUUUGUCAUAUAAUCCACCUCUCCUUCAAAACCCCAGGCAGAGCCGGCUCAGUCAGGACGUUAAUUCUUGCGAUUGGAGCCUGACUGCCAUCUAGGCCAGAGGUUCCUAAACUUCCUUGAGGUGGAGGUCUGCUGCUCCCACCCUGGCAGGGGCGGUCUCCCUGGUUAGCAUCAGCACACAGACCCCGCUGCAGGCUGGAAGGGGCGCCAGGAGCUCAGCACCCAGCUCCCACUCACUGGCUUGCUGCCCGACCCUCCGCCCGGCAGUGCACCGAGGGUGGGUCCUCCUCUAGCGGCUGGAGACUGCUCAGAGCUGCCCUGGAGAUGAAGACUUGCUCACCUGGCCCCCAAACUCCUGAAAAGCCCUUCUCCAAGGACCACCUUCUGCAGGCAGGACACCAGCCCGAAGGCUGCAGCGCCGACCGGCCAGCAGGUGCCCGGGCAGGGCGGUGCUGGACACGGGAUCGCACGCAGCUGGGCACCUGUCUGCUACGCACUGCGGUGCCAGUGAGCUCCAGUCGGGCUCAGCGGGGCCGGCGGGGCAGACGCACCGGCCGGAGCCAGGGCUGCCUGUGCCCCUGCGGUUGCAGGGGUCUGCUGUGCCCCGGGGCCAUCUGAGGCCGCACCCCAGGGCCAGGGACAGUCCUCAGAGGCCAGCUCGGGUCCCUUGCACAGACGGAAACUGGGUGAAUAUUUUGGUUUCGUGGCAGCGGCUGCAGAACCCGUGGCUCUCUGCACGAGUGAAUUAGGGCAGCACCGCGUUGGCUUCCGUGUGCCUCCCCUCGGAUAAAUUGGAUGCUCCAAUCUUCUUCUUUUGUCCUAAAUUUCUCUCUAACAUUUUGUGCAGCUGUUAAGCAGCUGCGGCUUCCUGCUCCCGAGAAGGCUGAGGGGUGGUAGCUGCAGUGACUCACCCCCUCCCAGAGGGACGGCAGAGCCUGGCCAGCCACGCCAGGGUGUGCACAGCAGCUGGGGGGGGCAGUCCGUGCCCCCGAAAGCCACAGGUGAGAGCCGGGCACACACUGGCGGGGGCGGAGGGCUGGGGACCCCCGCCGAGUCAAGGGCAUGCACUCCAAGGCCAGGCCCUGGGUGUCACACAACCUUCCCAGGAGAAGUCC